AUGGCUCUCGCACCCAAGUUUGCUGGACAAGCUCUCUCGAGCACCCGUGGUGUCCAUACCCUGGAACUUUUCCUUGAUUAUGUCUGUCCUUUCAGUAAGAAGCAAUUCGACACCUUCUACAACGACGUCGCUCCCAUCGUCGAACAAAAGUACUCCAACAACCUCCAAGUCAUCUUCCGCCAGCAGAUCCAACCAUGGCACCCUUCCUCCACUCUCGUCCACGAAGCCGCCGUUGCAGUCCUCCGUACCGAUCCCUCAAAGUUCUGGCCCUUCUCCGCUGCUCUGUUUGACAAGCAAACCGAGUAUUUUGACGUCAACGUCGUUAACGAGACUCGCAACCAGACUUACAAGAGACUUGCUAAGCUUGCUGCUGGUGUUGGUCUGGACGAGAGCAAGAUUUAUAGCCAGCUGGAGAUUUCUGACAAGCCUGGUCCGGAUGGAAGUUUGAAUUCCGGCAAUCAGGUGACCAAUGAUCUCAAGUUGCUCAUUAAGGCCGGUCGUUUGGUUGGCGUUCACGUCUCGCCUACCGUUUUGUUCAACGGUCUCAACGAACCAAGCAUCUCGAGCAGCUUCACAAAGAAGGAUUGGGAGGAGUGGCUGCAGAAGAAUGUGGUUUGA